AAUGACGAACAUCACCGUUUCAUAACACUAUAUUUUGUGAAUGUGUGGGGCAGUUGGACACAUUUCAUGCGUGGAAAGAAAACACGUUUUAAACGUUUAAAUCAAAAUAAGAAAUUGUUACACGUGUAGUGAAAUGAAUGCAUUAAAUGCCAAGCCCUUAUGAGCUUUGAGCAAAAAAUAGACGAUCUAAAAUGUGUAUUGCUUUAUGCACGCGUUAGAACCGGUUAGAACGCAGCUCCCGCAUACUGUGUCUUUGUGUGUGGUUUAUGUCCCUUCCCGUGACCCGUACUGGCUGUAUCUCGAUUUGAGUCCCGCAGUGUAUCAGAAGAUGGCGGAAGCUCCCCCACGGCCCUGCCGGUUUUUCUGUCACCGAUGCUCGGAAGAGAUUAGUCCACGUCUCCCGGAAUACACCUGUCCACGAUGUGAAUCAGGUUUCAUUGAGGAAUUACCUGAGGAGACGAGUGCUGAGAAUGGUUCCUCCUCCUCCACAGCCUCUAGCAGUGAGCAGAAUCGUCCCACGUUUGAGAAUGUGGACCAGCACUUGUUUACGUUUCCACACGGCUACGGUCAGUUUGCGUUGGGCAUCUUCGACGAUGGCUUCAGCCUCACACCAGGUCUGCAACCGCCGGAGGACAACCGCGACGCUGAGAACCGCCGUGAAAGGGAGAUGGCGUCAAGGCAACGUUACGGCGCCCGGCAACCACGCGGGCGACACGUUCCACGAAGACAGGGGUCACGGGGGCACGAGGGUGUGCCCACUCUAGAGGGAAUCAUACAGCAAUUAGUGAAUGGAAUCAUCGCACCAACUGCUAUGCCUAAUAUGGGCAUGGGACCAUGGGGCAUGCUUCAUUCCAACCCAAUGGACUACGCAUGGGGUGCCAAUGGACUAGAUGCCAUCAUCACACAAUUAUUAAAUCAGUUUGAGAACACGGGGCCUCCGCCAGCUGACAGGGAGAAGAUCAAGAGCCUCCCCACAAUCCAGAUCACACAGGAACACGUGGGUGCUGGACUGGAGUGUCCGGUAUGUAAAGAGGACUACGGCCAAGGAGAGAACGUCAGGCAGCUCCCCUGCAAUCACCUCUUCCACAACGACUGCAUAGUACCCUGGCUUGAACAGCAUGACACGUGUCCAGUAUGCAGGAAGAGCCUGAGCGGUCAGAACACAGCCACGGAUCCUCCUGGGUUAUCUGGAAUGAACUUCACCCCUUCGUCGUCCUCCUCCUCCUCUUCCAGCUCCCCCAGCAAUGAGAAUGCCACAAACAACUCCUAAAACAGGACAGACACACACACACACACACACACACACACACACACACACAACACAUACAUAGCAAGGCAUUAAUGCAAACACACACACAUGCAUCAAGGUGUCCAGAGCACCAGCCCUGGUUAGCCCAGGCUCUCGAGGCCAAUUCCCCCCUACCCCUCCUUCAGCCCUCAGGAGCAACAUGCAGGAAAACAAACUCUCAACUCCACAGAGGGAGGGACUCUUCAUUUUACUCCCUUAACCCCCCCCCCCCCUCUUAUUUUCCUUCCCUUUCCCACUCCCCCCCCACCCUUCCUUAUUCCCUCUUUUACUCCUAAGCUCCCCUAGGGCCGCUAUCUUUUCUUUCUCAAACCACAGUGAAUGUGAAGUUGAAUGCAGUUACUGCACCUCAACCCAACUCAACUGUAGGAACUGUAGGAGGCACUGUGGCCCAGGAGCAAUGCCAAGGGAACCACACAACACGACACAACACAAUAUGGACUGCGCUCUGAGAAGCACUGGGGCUCAAAUCAUUAUCGGAGACAAACUUAAGUGUUUUUAGGGGGUUCUGUUUGUGGGGGGGGGUGGUGUGAGAGGAGAUGUGAACAUACAUAGAAUCAUAUUUAUUUAAGAAACGAAAAACAAAAUAAAUAAACAGGUUUUCUGAAGA